UUUUGGUUCACCAGUCCCAUGUUGCUAGGAAACCGUUGUGAAACAAUUCAAUGCAUUUUCAUUUGUGGCGAAAAUUACGCGUUCCCAAAUAAUGCCACCAAAAAGAAAAUCGUCGCCGAAGGGCAAAACUCCAACAGUAGUGGACGGCUUGUCCACAGAGGAGAUGUCAAAAGAGCAGUUGGAGGAGCACAUAAUGCGUCUCCGAGAGGAGCUGGACAGGGAGAGAGAAGAACGCAACUAUUUCCAGCUAGAGAGGGACAAAAUUCACACUUUCUGGGAAAUUACACGACGACAUCUCGAAGAGAAUAAGUGUGAGCUGAGAAACAGAGAGCGUGAAUUGGAGGAAGUAGAGGAACGCCACCAAGUGGAAAUUAAGGUUUAUAAACAGAAGGUGAAGCACUUGCUGUACGAACAGCAGAACAUGCUGUCUGAGCUAAAGGCUGAAAGCAUCAUCAGCACCAAACUGCUGCAGGAUGAGCAUGCUGAUUUGGAGAAGGAGCAGUGGAAGGAUAUGCGCAGUUUGAAACUUGAGUUGAAACAACAAGAGCUGUCCAGUGAAAAUGUGUUAAAGAGAAUUCAUCUAAAACAUGAUGAGGAAACUACUGAUUUGAGAAAUGAUUUUGCCAGACAAGUACAAGAAAUUGGGUCCAAAUAUGAGAAAAGGAUGCAGAAACUGCGUCAGGAGGAAGAACUGAGACGCAAGACAGAGAUUCAUGAGAUUGAGGAGCGGAAGAACACCCACAUUAACAUGCUGAUGAAGAACCAUGAAAAAGCUUUCAGAGACAUCAGAAACUACUUCAGUGACAUAGUCUACAAGAAUCUGGACCUUAUCACUUCACUCAAGGAAGAGUUAAAGGAAAUGAAAAAGAACGAGGAGAAGAGAAAUAAAGAGAUGGCGGAAGUACUUGAGCAGAAUAAGGAGCUUAAAGAGUCUUCACAGAAGGCAAAAGAACAAGUUGCUGAGCUUCAGAAACAGCUUGCCAAUUAUGAGAAGGACAAGAGCAUUUUAACUCGGUCAAGAGCUCGUCUCAAAAUGUCUGACAGAGAAAUGAAAGAGCUUAAGUGGGAGCUUGAAGUGUUGGAGCAGAGAUUUUCUAAGGUUCAACUGGAGCGGGACGAAUUGUACAUGAAGUUCACUAAAGCCAUUCUAGAGGUUCAACAGAAGAGUGGUUUUAAAAACUUGCUGCUUGAGUGCAAAUUGAACACACUCAAUGACACGCUUGAGAAGAAGGAAGCCCAGCUCAGUGAGGUGCUGUCUGCUUCCAACCUGGACCCCACCACCCUCAGUGUGGUCACCCAUAAAUUGGAGGAAGUUUUGGAGUCCAAAAACCAUACUAUUAAAGACUUACAGUAUGAAGUUGCACGAGUUUGCAAGGCCCAUAAUGACUUGCUAAAGACUUCUGAAGCAAAGCUGCGAGCAUUUGGUAUUCCUGUGGAAGAGCUCUGCUUCGAGCCACUUAAAAGCAAUGGACAGAGUGUUGGCCAGGGCCCUGCUAUGUUUGUUUCUUCUUCAAAUUAGCAUUUUGAAAAAAAAAAUAAUAAUAAUAAACAAAUAAUCAAA